AUGUUUCAAAGAAUUCAAAGUCUCUUGCCAAGACGUUUGGCACUUACCUCCCGUCCUUUGUUGACUAGAGGAUACGCUGCCUACAACCGUACCAAGCCACACGUUAACAUUGGUACUAUUGGUCACGUUGAUCAUGGUAAAACCACCUUGACUGCUGCCAUCACCAAGGUUUUGGCUGAAAAAGGUUACGCCAACUUCUUGGACUAUGGUUCAAUUGAUAGAGCUCCAGAAGAAAGAGCCAGAGGUAUCACCAUCUCUGCUGCUCACGUUGAGUACGAAACCGACAAGAGACACUAUGCCCACUCUGAUUUGCCAGGUCACUCCGAUUAUAUUAAGAACAUGAUUACCGGUGCCUCCCAAAUGGACGGUGCUAUUAUUGUUGUUGCUGCCACCGAUGGUCAAAUGCCACAAACCAGAGAACACAUGUUGUUGGCUAGACAAGUUGGUAUCCAAAACUUGGUUGUCUACGUUAACAAGGUUGACACCAUUGAUGACCCAGAGAUGUUGGAAUUGGUUGAAAUGGAAAUGAGAGAAUUGUUGUCGCACUAUGGAUUUGACGGUGAAAACACCCCAGUCAUUAUGGGUUCUGCUUUGUGUGCUCUUGAAGGUAAGAAGCCAGAAAUUGGUGUUGAGUCCAUCAACAAGUUGUUGGAUGCUGUUGACGAAUACAUUCCUACCCCAGAAAGAGAUGCUGACCAACCAUUCUUGAUGCCAGUUGAAGAUGUCUUUUCCAUUUCCGGUAGAGGUACUGUUGUUACCGGUAGAGUCGAGAGAGGUUCAUUGAAGAAGGGUGAAGAAGUUGAGAUUGUUGGUGAAUUCAGCUUCAAGGCUACUUCAACCGGUAUUGAAAUGUUCAAGAAGGAAUUGGACGCUGCUAUUGCCGGUGACAACUGUGGUAUCUUGUUGAGAGGUGUCAAGAGAGACGAAGUCAAGAGAGGUAUGGUUUUGGCCAAGCCAGGUACUUUGAAGUCCCACAAGAAAUUCUUGGCAUCGAUCUAUGUCUUGACCACUGAAGAAGGUGGUCGUAAGACUCCAUUCGGUGAAGGUUACAAGCCACAAUUGUUCUUUAGAACCUCCGACAUCACUGCUGACUUUAGCUUCCCAGAAGGUGAAGGUGUUGACCACUCUAGAAUGGUUAUGCCAGGUGACAAUGUCGAGAUGGUUGGUACUUUGAUCAAAUUGGCACCAUUGGAAUUGAACCAACGUUUCAACAUCAGAGAAGGUGGUAAGACUGUUGGUACCGGUAUGGUUACCAGAAUCAUCGAGUAA